CCUUAGAUGAAUCUACUUGUUUUGUUGCGGAUUUUGGUGUGGAAUUGCGAUUUUUGAGAUCUACUUCAUGUGAUUAUUCAUGCGAUUGGUUUUAUGCUGUUUGUUUCAUGAAUUCAACUUAUUUUUUCUUUCUCAUAUAUGUUAUCUCAUGUUUUUAGCGAUAAUUUACAUGUUAUAAACUUAUGACUCGAGUUUCUGGUAUAACUUGUUAUUUCAUCUUUGUUUCAUGGAAGUAAAUGAUAAGAAAAUUUAUGUUACAAUUUGUAGAUGCGCAUAUUUGUGUUCACUUGUUCUUGUUUAAUUUCAUCAGAUCAAUUUUUCAAGUGUUGUGGCUGGAAAUCAGUAAUGAAUGACCUGACCCCGGGCCCAGGGCGGCCGCCCCUCCUGCCCUGGCUCAGGGACGGGCCUGGAAUUUUUUGAAUGAUUAAUAAUUUUCAUUUAUCAGAUAUCAGAGUUUGAAUAUCGAACUUGUUUUGAAUGGCUUGGAGGGUGUUUGACAGAAAGGUUACUUAUAUUGCAAGAGUAGAAAAUGCUUUGGCUGUUCUGGUCCGUGGAGGUGCAUUGGUUUCGAGAUGUUAUUCCAAACAUGCUAGUAGGACAAUCAUAAAAUCAGAGAUAUUGGUACGAGAGCCAUUAGACAAGUUGCAGUUUCUUGGUGAUUUCAGUCACAGAGCUUUGACUAGACAGCCUUUGGUGCGGUAUUUUCAUGCAAGUUCACAAUUAUUGGCUAAAAAAAAUGAUGAAACAUAUGGUCUGAAGACUACCCGGAGGGAAAAAUACUAUGUGAAGAAGGAUGGCAAAACGCAACCUCCUGUUGAAACCCCAUAUGUGCCUCCGACAGUCAAAAAAAGUACAAAACAAGCCCCAGAUAAAACAAUUGACAUUUUUGAGGGCAUGACUGUUGUUGAGCUUUCCAAGCGCACCGGAAAAUCAAUACGUCAUCUUCAGGAUAUCCUGAUAAAUGUUGGAGAGAAAGCUUGCUCAGAGUUCGACUCCCUUAGCAUUGAUGUUGCCGAGCUGGUUGCUAUGGAAGUUGGUGUUAACGUGAAGAGACUACACACUAGUGAAGGCUCAGAAAUCUUGCCAAGGCCCCCUGUUGUGACAGUGAUGGGUCAUGUUGAUCAUGGUAAAACUUCUCUAUUGGAUGCAUUACGCCAAACAUCCGUGGCAGCCAAAGAAGCUGGUGGUAUUACCCAACAUGUCGGUGCCUUUGUUGUGACCAUGCAGUCAGGGGCAUCCAUCACAUUUCUUGAUACACCAGGUCAUGCUGCUUUCAGUGCUAUGCGAGCUAGAGGUGCUGCAGUCACUGAUAUAGUUGUCUUGGUGGUUGCUGCUGAUGAUGGAGUGAUGCCGCAAACAUUAGAAGCCAUGAAACAUGCUAAAGCUGCAAAGGUUCCAAUUGUGGUUGCUAUAAAUAAAUGUGACAAGCCUGGUGCAAAACCAGAAAGAGUUAAAGUUCAGCUCGCCUCAGAGGGUUUAGAAUUAGAAGAGAUGGGCGGGGACAUUCAGGUGAUUGAAGUAUCUGCAACCACAAAAUCUGGGUUGGAUAGUUUAGAGGAGGCUUUGCUUCUCCAGGCUGAGAUGAUGGAACUCAAAGCACGUGUAGAUGGACCUGCUCAAGCCUAUGUGGUGGAAGCAAGACUUGAUAAAGGACGGGGUCCACUGGCCACAGCUAUAGUUAAGGCUGGGACAUUAGCUUGUGGUCAGCAUGUAGUUGUGGGUGCGGAGUGGGGUCGUAUAAGAGCUAUCAGGGAUAUGAUAGGAAAGGUAACAGAGAAAGCAAACCCUGCGAUGCCUGUUGAGAUUGAAGGACUUAAAGGUCUCCCAAUGGCUGGUGAUGAUAUUGUUGUUGUGGAGUCUGAGGAGAGAGCGAGGAUGCUUAGCGCUGGAAGAAAGAAAAUGUUUGAGAGAGAUCGACUUCUGAAGAUUGGACAGGAGAGAAUGGAAAUUUCUUCACCCACAGAUGAGGUGCUUGAAAGUGUUGAUUUGCCUAUUAUAGUGAAAGCAGAUGUUCAGGGAACUGUUCAAGCUGUUACGGAUUCUUUGAGAACUUUGAAUAGCCCUCAGGUAAUCGUGAAUGUGGUUCAUGUUGGACUUGGCCCUAUAUCCCAAUCUGAUGUGGACUUGGCUCAAGCUUGUGGAGCCUGUAUUGUUGGGUUCAAUAUCCGUAGUCCACCUGCUUCUGUCACUCAAGCAGCCACUCGAGCUAAUAUAAAGAUAAUACUGCAUCGGGUGAUUUACCACCUCUUGAACGACAUUGGUGAUUUGAUAGUAGAAAAAGCCCCAGGAACAUCUGAGACUCAGGUGGCUGGGGAAGCACAAGUGCUAAAUAUUUUUGAGAUCACAGGUCGAACUAGAAGUAAAGCAGCUGAUGUUAAGAUUGCGGGUUGCAAGGUAAUAACUGGUCGCAUGGCGAAGGCUUCAACCAUGAGGCUCUUAAGAAGUGGAGAAGUUGUUUUCGAGGGUUCGUGUGAAUCUCUCAAGCAGGAGAAGCAAGACGUGGAGACGGUUACAAAGGGGAAAGAGUGUGGUGUUGUGAUCCAAGAUUGUUUUGACUUUCAGAUAGGGGAUGUGGUCCAAUGCUUGGAAGAAAUCCGACGAAAACCCAAGUUCAUAUCAUCAGACAAUGGUGCAGUUCGUAUCGAGUGCUGAUUGCUGAAUGUAGCUAGAUGAGGGGGAAAAACACCCGCAUGAACAAGCGGGGGAAUCCAAGUUUUGAUAGGAUUUUCCGGUCAAUUUUUGUUUCUUUUGACCUUAUAAUUACAGACUGCGUAUACAUGAUACGUUUAUGCUUUUGUUGUAAUAGGUAUGAUUAGGAAUUUUGACAUCCUAUUCAAAAUUGCACUUAGGGAGUAUGAUAAUUUAAGCAACUGUAUAUAGGAGAUUAUAUCAUGUAUUUUUUAUUUUUUUUACAAUUGUUGUCUUAUGUGUGUCUUAACUCUUAAUAAGAACUGUUUUGGGUCGUUGUAUGAAGGUAACCUUUUUCAAGCUCAAAAGAGAAUGUUUCUGUCAAA